CUCGAAGUGAAGGAGCUUUGUUCUUUAUCAUCAUCGUCACCACCUAUAAAAGUCUAAUUUAACAGUUAUAGAAUUAUAUUUAUAUAUUUAGCCUGAGACCCAAUUCUAUACGACUUUUAAGUUUAACAAUAAUCAAGCACCGCCCACAAGAACUAUUCGACUACUUUACCAAAUCUGUUUAGCAUUUUUAUAUUCGUGUAAAAUUUUGCCGUAUAUUAUAAUUAUAAAAGUAGACAAAAACGGGUUUUGGGUAUUCCAAAAAGAACCCAUAAGAGCCAAGCUCGAAGCUUUUUCCCCUUUUCUUUGUGGGCUUUUCAUUUUCCACACGUAUGCCCAAAAACAUACAGCUCUCGAUUUGGGAGGGGAAAAUAUUCACGAAAGCUUUCAUUUUUAGGCAGCCUAAAAUUUCCCAGCUUUUCUUGGCGUGUAAAUUGUAAUUUUGUUGGGCUUUAAAUAUGGUGGGGAUUUUCUCAAGAUUAUCGGUGAAGAGUAGUCAUCGUCGGGCUCAAAGCACUUUUAAUGAAAUGCCUCGUACCUUAGAGUCCACAAACGUUACUAGAGCAGCUUCGAAUGCAUCAAUCGAAAACCAUGGAAUUGAAAUAGGUGUCGAGUUCAAGCCGAUCGAGCACCCAACCGAGCCUCUCGACUAUGAUCAACCUAUCCAGUGUCCAUUACCAGAGCCCUCAAUUCUUAAUGAUGGAAGAAUAUGGAAGGAAAGAGUGUCGGCAAAUGUAAAGACGAGGGCCGAUAUGCAAGACCAAACGGGGGGCAAUAAUGUACACGACACUCGGCGAACAAAAACUCGGGCCCACAACCGAGUCAUUUUGCCGUCUGUCAGUGCUCCAGAACAUAACAUCCUUAAACUGCUCGAAGAAUGUAAUGCAUCUGGGAUUAAUUAGCUUCAACAGCUGAUCACACUCUCCAAAACCUUUUGUUCCUCUCAUUCUCUUCUGUAUUUUAUGGUUGCAUAUAUAACAUGCCCCUGUAUAUUAAUUAUAACUUUGGCUUGUUAAAUGAAUUCUUGUUGGGCAUUAUGAAAACUUGUGAGUUGUGGCAACUGGCAUGUAUUAUUGUGGUCUCUCUCUCUCAAACACGCACACAUAUGUGUGUGUGUGUGUGUGCGCAUUUGUUGAAGAAUGCCAAAGGAAAUCCAAUGUCCCAUUUUCCUUACAUUUGGACAUAAAAUAUAGCACUAUUAGAAAUAGCUCACAAUCACUAAAUCAUAUUUUUUAAUAAAAUAAAGUAUUUAUUAUUUUUAUAUUACGUAUACUUUAAUCAUUAUAUUUCAUAAUUUAAUGACAAUCACAUUUUUUUUUCCUUAUAAUUUUUUUAACACCUAU